AUCUAUACCUAGACUUCUUUGGAAAUGUUUUGGCAGACAGUAUCUUUUUAUGGUUAUCAGCUUGGUCAUCCCAGUGACAAUUACGUUAUUACAACCAAAGAUACUAAAACAGUUCAUUUCAUAUUUUACACCGAAACAGAUUAAUUUAAGCAAAACUGAUGCGAGCUUUUAUGGAAUAUUGUUGAUUAUACUGAUACUAAUCAGACGUGUUUACCAAUACAAUUUGCAACUAAUGAUGUCUGAGUUUGGCAUUAAAAUGCGUACUGGAUUCACAACUUUGAUUUACAGACAACUUUUAAAAAUUAACCCGUCACAGGUUGAUGGUGGCAAUAUGAUAAAUCUGAUAACCAGAGAUGUGAACGAAUUUGAAGAAGCCAUCUAUAACAUAACCAACAUGAUCAGGGACGUAUGCAAGCUUGUGGCAGUAUGUUGUCUCCUAUAUUUAGAAAUUGGAUGGUUAUUUGUUUUGCUCCCUAUAAUCAUUUUUAUUAUCAUGUUUGUCAACACAUGUAUAGCAAUAGUAGUGAAAAAACUUAAAUUGAAAUCUUUGAGUAAAACUGAUGAAAGAUAUCAAACAAUCAAAGAAGCGCUAAGUGCUAUAAAGGUCAUUAAAAUGAACCUUUGGGAAGAAAGUUACGAAAAGAGAAUUGCUAAAAUCAGAAAGGGAUGGUGAUUCUACUCUUGUAACUGACGGAGGAACUAAUCUAAGUAAAGGACAAAAAGCUAGAAUAAAUUUAGCGCGAGCUGUUUAUAAAGAACGUGAUAUAUAUUUAUUAGAUGAUUGUCUGGCUAGUUUGGAUGCGAUUGUUGCAGAUUUUAUAUUUGAACAAUGCAUUAAAACAUUUCUGAUAGACAAAAUAGUGAUCUUGGUUACUCAAUCCAUAAAGUACGCCAAUGGGUCAGAUUACGUUAUAACUGUGAAAAAUGGUAAAAUGCAAAAUUCGAACCCUAUUCACAGUAAAAUAAAUAAAAAUGAGGAAAUUAAAAGUAUUACAUAUAUUAAAAAAGACGAAACGAAGAGCCAAAAGGAAGAGUCAACUGAGGAAGAAAAUUUUGACCAUGAAACCCCAUUGAUUGAAAAAAGUAAACAGACCAGAGAACUUUACACAGAAACAAAAGUACAAGGAAAAGUACAAUUCGACACUUAUAAAAAAUAUUUUCAAGCAAAUGGAGGUUUGGUCAAAAUUGUUUUAGUUUUACUUCUCACCGGAAUUGUUCAGUUUUUGAAUAGUUCCAUUAACAAAAUGGAAUCCGUUUGGAUAAAUGCAGAACAAGUAUUGUUUACCAAUAGAACAGACCAGGAAAAUUUAGUUGAGGCAAAUCAAAAACGUCACCAAAUGUUAAUCGUUCUACCUAUAAUUAUUUCAAUUACGACCAUAUUAAUGUUAUUAAAUACAUGUUUUUUCUGGGUGCUUGCUGCCAAAGCUUCGCUAAAGCUUCACAAUUUACUUUUCUCUAAUGUGGUUCGCAGUUUCAUGCAAUUCUUUGACAAAAACCGAAUAGGAAUUAUUUUGAAUAGAUUUUCAGAAGACAUACUGUACAUUGAUGAAAUAGUACCCUUAACGUUUUUACAUCUAAUGGGUUACUUCGCCGGAACAGUUGGAGUCGUUAUCCUCAUUGCUACAGUUAAUGCAUCGUUCCUAAUUCCAUGUAUUGUGUUAAAUGUAUUAGUCAUUUUCAUACAAAUGUACUACUUAAAGACCGGAAAUGCUUUAAAACGACUAGAAUUCCUAACACGAAGUCCUUUAAUUGGGUACAUCAAAGCAACUUUAGACGGAUUGCCAACCAUAAGAAUGUCAAAAAUUCAAAACACAUUACGCGAAGAAUUUGAUCGACAUCAAGAUUUGUAUGCCUCCUGUUCUUACAUGUACAAAUGUUGUGAGAAAGCAUUUCACUUUGUGAUAGCAACAGACGAAAUUAUUCUCCUUACUUUCGCAAUUAUCCUCUUUUUAGCACUAGAUGACAAAACGGCAACUGGAAAGGUUGGACUUGUUUUGUCCCAAAUAUAUAGACUGACCAAUACACAGCAUUUGCUAUAUCGUAUGGUGACUAGACUUGAAAAUCAAAUGACAACAGUAGAACGAGUUUUGGAAUACACUAAACAAAAACAAGAAAACAAAGAUGGUUUAGUAAUAGAACACUGGCCCAAGCAAUGUGAAAUACAAUUCAAAAACGUGAACUUCUCUUACAAAAACGAUCAACAUCAAGUUUUAAAACACUUAAAUUUCACCAUCAAAAAUAAAGAAAAAGUCGCCAUUGUUGGUAGAAGUGGUUCCGGAAAAACAACUCUGAUUUCUACUCUCGCUCGACUUUACGAUUACGAAGGAAACAUUUUUAUUGACAACGUAGACAUCAAAACACUGCCUGUCGAUUUUCUCAGGUCAAAGAUAUCUGUAGUUCCUCAAGAACCUACUAUAUUUUCGGGAACGUUACGCGAAAAUAUUGACCCUACGAAACAACAUGCAGACGAUGAUAUUUGGAAAACUAUUAAAACCGUGAAGUUGUCACUCUUUCAAAAUUUGGAUGAGAAAAUUGACGCGAAUUUAAGCGUUUGUCAAAAGCAACUCAUCUGUUUGUGUAGAGCUCUCGUCCGGCGUGACAAAAUCGUGAUUUUUGACGAAAUUAAUGCCAGUGUCGAUUCGGAAACUGAAGCUCUGAUACAAAAAAUAAUAUCGGAAAAUUUUGCGGAAUAUACAGUCAUCGCAAUUAUACACAAAUUGAGGUACAUUUUGGAUUUUGACUUAGUAUUAGUUGUAGAUAAAGGUGUGAUUAUUGAGUCUGGCAGUCCGUCUAGCUUGUUGAAGAAUAAAAAUGGAAUGCUUAGCAACUUGUUUAAAAGACAAUAA